GUGGUGGUGAAAACUCGCACAGAGUACCAGACAGAGAAGAAGCGUCUGAAGGUUCCUAAAGUGGAGGAGUUCACCAUCAGCUUUACUGACGGAGUGUCUGAGAGACUCAAGGUGACUGUUCUGAUCAUCCUGGCCUUGGCCUUCCUUGCCUGCAUUGUGUUCCUGGUGGUUUAUAAAGCUUUCACCUACGACCACGCCUGCCCAGAUGGAUUCAUUUAUAAGCACAAGAGGUGUAUCCCAGCUUCUCUUGAGGCCUACUACGCCGCCCARGACGCCAACUCAAGGGGUCGCUUCUACACAGUGAUCAGCCACUACAGCAUGGCCAAGCAGACCACCUCCCACUCUGUCUCCCCCUGGCUGCCUGGAGGGGCAACAGGACACGAAGCUAAACCUCCAAGCGGUGAAGGCCACUGAGUUAGCUGAAGGGUUCCUGGAUGUAAACAUACACGAACACAUGUAAAAAAGUAAAUGGAGGUAGACCAAGAACAAUAGUUUGGUAAACAUUUAGAAAUAUAGACAAAAAAACAACAGCUACAAAUAAAAACUAGAAUAAAAUGCAUGCAGGCAUUGAGUUGGUGUAGAUUUUAAAUCAUCCAGGUCAUGGUAAUCCUAAAGGUUUGAAUAGAAGACAGCAAGUUCUCCUUUCUUGGUUUUUAAAGAUGUCUUUUUUUAUUUUUUUGGUUUUAUGUGACACACAGGAGGAGCCCAGUUGUCUUUUAUUCAAGUUUUCAAGACAUACAGACAGGAGACACAAACACAUGCUAAAGCAUAACCCUGAACAUGUCUGCUUAURCUCAUUCUCUGAAAGGAUUAAUGUUUGUGGCUGGUUCUCGCUCUCACACAGCCUGCAUCUUCAUUACCUUGUUUACCUCCAUCUAAUUUAUUAGUCACUGACUGUCAUGAUGCAUUUGUUUUUUAAUGGAUGUUUUGUAUGUCAUUGUCACUUUUUGUACAAAAACACCAGUAACAGCUAAUUUUUAUGGUUAGAAUAUCUCUAGCACUUGUUUUUCAGUGUUUAGUUUUAGUGCUUAAUCAUUUUUCUCACCAAUGUUUACCAAACAUGAUCCACCAUAUUCCCUUUAUAUUCAUAUCUUUUAUCAUYGUUUCUUAAAAAAACAACUUCUCAGCUGGUUAGACUGAGGUUAACGUCCACUAUGACUGAAUCUGUUUGUACAUCAUUGCUGUUUGAUAGCUUAUUUACACACAUUUUCAACAUUCUGUGCCAUAAAUCCUGAUAUCACCCCAAGCUGUACAUACAGUUGUGCAUUCAUAGCUUUGUGUGUUUGCAUUGUAGUAACAAGGUUUCCUUUUAUUUAAGACCUGUUUUCUUUAUGUGAACUAUAAAAAACACUGCUUCAGCUGCCAGUCUCRUAGUWAAAUUAAACACAACUGGUGGAAAAGGAGAAAUUGUACACGUCUGUUUCGUGUCAAAACUCCUGUUUUCCACUGUGUACUGUUCUCCUAUGAGCUUCAGCUGCAGCUGUGUUAUUUUUAAAUGUUGGAUCUGUUGUCAAAAGCGCUUCGAUCAGAUGUUGUGACGGUGUUAGUUGUAUUGAUACCUGGUGUAAUUUAUCAGUGUGUAACCUUGUCCCUGCCCUCUUGGUUUGAACUCAGAAUAAAAACAAGCUGUGACCUGU